AUGUUUUCCAGACUUCUAGUCGGAGCAGCCCUUCUACUGCACGUAGUGGCACUUCCUUCGGAACUUAUGUUAAGCUCUGGCCUGGACACCAGGCAAGUACCAGCUACAGCGCAGCAAAUCGCCGUAGCUUCAUACUUCGAUCCAAACGUCGUCAAGAAAGAUUGGGAGCGACUUAUUGCCUACCCCACAGACAAAAUAAGCGUAUUAGUCGCCAACGUUGCUACAGGACCGGACACGGAAGUCAACAGAGCUUGGAUGGAUGCCAUCCACAAUGCUACUGCCUCUAGAAAGCGCGUGCUUGGAUAUGUGCGCACUGGAUUCUUUAGCAAAGGCAAAGGCGACCUCAAAUUCUCAACGCGCCUUAAUUCUGAUGAGCUCCCCGACUGGAUUGCCCAGAUUGAACGGGAUAUUGAUGCGUGGUACGCAUUAUAUCCGGAGAUUGGCGGUAUUUUCCUCGAUGAGGGUUGGAAUUUCUGUGGUGAAGGGACGGAUGAUCUAAAAAAUAUCUAUGCUGAAGCCUACACGACCGUCACAGAGUACACGAAACGAAAAUAUUCUGGCUCAUACAUAAUUCUGAAUCCUGGAGCAACAAUGCCGCAAUGCUUGGAGAACAGCGCCGACACCCUGUUGACAUUUGAAAACGACUACAGUAACUACACUCAGAAAUUUGUCGACAAUGACUGGAUUCCUAAAGACAAUCGCAAGCUCUGGCAUAUUGUCUUCGAUGUCCCUCAAGAGAGAAUUGAGGAGGUCGUUGCACUGUCAAGAGCACGUGGUGCUGGAAUGAUACAAACAACGAACGAUGUUCUUCGGAACCCCUACGAUAACCUUCCUGACGACACUUACAUGCAGACUCUGAUCAACUCGGUGACUGGGAGUACUCCAGCCAUACCUGGUCCAGCUCCAUUCCCGGAUGGUCCGGCGGCUGCUACGCCAACUGGUCUGAAGGUCGACUUUUCCGAGUAUACGUUUGUCAAUUUAAGUUGGACGCCUGCUGCGGGGGCUUUAAGUUACAAUAUCUAUCUCAAUGAUGCUGUGGUGGCCACUUUACCAGGACAGUUGACGCGUGUUACAAUUCCAGGUCUAACACCCGGGACUUCAGGAUUAGCUUUCCAAGUUGCAGCUAUUGGAGGAAAAGGCGUGGAAUCUUCGAAGUCAAAUACCGUCACUGCUAUGACAGUGAGCACCCCAGUCUCAGGCCAAUAUGUCUUCGACAUCGCAGUCACAGUCACACCAUCAACAACGACGUUCUCCGCAACAAUCGCCUUCCCAUACGGCAUCAUACGUCUGUUCAUCUGGAAUGUAGAGGAUAGCUGCCCAGCUGGAUGGCCAAUCAAUUUUAAUCAGGGCCACUUCGUUUGCAAUCACUUUCUUGUUGAUGACAAGAGACUUUAUAAGUAUACAGGUGUCAUUGAACCUGGAAAAGACGCUCCCUAUUCAUGGGAUCAAAUUGACGAUGCCCAAUUCCAGCAGAUUGGCUCGAGAUAUACCUGGAAACUACCAAUCGGAUCGUCUACCGUAGAUACAAGCAAGUGGGUUUUGCAAACGGAUGGACAUGGCUCAAGUGUUAAUGUGUUUCAUCCAUGCCCGACUGGUGGGAAUGGUCCUGAUGGAAAUGCUAGAUAUUGCGGAUAA